AUGCAAUACAAUAGUACAAUUCGUACGGGAUUUGCAAAUUCUUUCUGGUCAACAGUGGCUCUUUUUAAUAUUGGCAAAUUUAGAAGAAAAAAGAGAGUAAAUACUGAUCAUACUUAUCCACUUCCAAUGAACAAGUUUGCAAUAAAACGGGAAUACACCGAAAACUCCCCAGAGAAGAAACCCGAUGACACAACCGAUAAAGAGCCUCAAGGAGAUUCCAACAGUCAGACCGAACAAAAAUCUGAAAAGCAAAACGAUGACAAAAUCGAACAUACAGUAAUUUUGCCGGUAUUCGCAGUGUCUACUAAUGAAAAAAAACAGCAAUUUUUAGCAGCGUCACUUGGCUCCAAUUCUUUUACUAAGAAUAGCAUCUUCUAUAAAAAGGAUGGUUUGAUCAAACUUUUUUAUCAAAACCCUGAUGUUGAUCAACAAAACAAUAAACUUGAAGGCGGCAAUGGAAAUGAACUCAUAAUCGAUGGCAACGGAAUGAGAAUCAUAAUCGAUAGCAAAAAGGAACCCAUAACGAUAAUCGAUGGCAAAAAUGAACCAAUAACGAUAAUCGAUGGCAAUGAAAAGAAAGUCAUAAUUGACGGCAAAGAUGAAAAGGAAAUCAAAAUUGAUGGCAAACAAAUAAGAGUCAAAAUGAUAAUUGAAAAGGAAAUCAACAAUAAAAUGAAAAUCGAUGGCAAUGGAAAGGAAACCAUAAUAAUCGACGACAAUAAAAUGAGAGUCAAAAAGAAAAUCGAAAUCGACUGUGAUAACAUGAAAAUCAUAAUCAACGACAAUAAAAUGAAAGUUAAAGCAAUAACUGAACGUGAAAAGGAAAUCAAUGGCAAUGAAAAGAAGAUCGAGAUCAAUAGCAAUAAAGUCAUCGGUAAAGUAAAAACCAAAAUCAUAAUCGACGGCAAUAAAAGAGAAAUCGACAGAAAUGAAGAGGAAAUCGAUGGCAACGAAGAGGAAAUCAAUGGCAAUGAAGAGGAAAUUGACGGCAAUGAAAUCGACAACGAUGAAAAGGACAAAAAAAUCAAAAUAAUAAUAAAAGAUAAAAUAAUAAGGAUCUUUAAAGAAGAUCAAAAUAAAAAAAAAAGGAUACUCUCUUGUCAAUAUUUGCAAAAUCAAUCGGUAAAACUAACAUUAAAUUCGCGUUAUGACAAAAACAAGCUUGGAUUUAAACAUAACAUCCCAAUUAACCCACAAGCUACAUCUAUAGUAGAAAUGUGCAGUGCAUUAAAACUAAUAAUUAAACAAAAGGAAGAAGAUUAUAAAAAGAAUUCAGAGGCAGAAACGUCAGAUAAAUAUGAACGAUUAUUCCAUUCAAUAAAAAAAGUAGCGUCAAAUAUCAUCGAAGAAGCAAUCAAAAAUCCAGAUAAUUUUAGAAUAUUAGACGCUCGUUUUCAUCGCUUACAUAUUCCUCGGCAAGUUGUUCAUUACAAACAAGAACCUUCAUAUAAUUUUGUUUUUCAAAAUCGGGCUGAUUAUGAUAAUGAGCAUCCUCAUGCGUUAUCGAUUGCAAUAAAUCAAGAAACUGUGGAGAAACUUCUCGAUUAUUAUUCUACUUUAGCUAAAGAGAAUUUGAAUUGGAUGGAAACUGUCACUCAAGCUUCGCCAGAAUUAAUUAUAAAAUUUCCAAAAAGCAUCAUAAAAUUAAUGAAAAAAGAAGUUUUUCAUUCAAAAGAAAUUCCUCUUGAUAAAUCAUGGGAGGUUUAUCGACCAAAUAAUGAUCUGGAUGAAAUUCAAUCUUUCCAUGUCGAAUUUAACCUUUUUGAUCCUUCUCGUCAACAAGAAUACAUGAAAUCAGUCAAGGACAAAAAGAACCAUAUAUUUAGAUAUCGAAAGACAAACCUGAAAUAUUUUCAAGUUCCUCUUCCAGGAUUAAUAAUAAAAAGUGGCUUUACAUCUACGAGUGAAAGAAUUUGGAAUGCAGUGGUUGAUAAAACUUGUGACUUUUUUCUGAAUCUAAUCUUAUUCGAACGAAAUCAUGGCGAUAAAAGUCCAUUCACUAAACUCAUAAUGUACGAUAAGACUGGAGAAAUUUACGACAACCCAUCGAUAGAAGCGGUUGUGGACUUUCAAUGGCGUAACUAUGCCGUACUUGUUUAUGCAGACUAUUUCGGCUCUUUCAUAGCGGAGAAUUCUGACAAUGUAACUGCACAAGUUCUCGAAAACAACGUAACUUAUCCUAAUUUCACUAUCCAACAAAACGUGGCUUGGUCUGAUCGAUCAGAUAAUUACUAUUAUUUUUGGGAUAAAUCAGUGGAGGCCGUAUACUUUUGGGUAAGUGGUCGCUGGGAUCAGGUUACAAAUUGGAGUUUUUGGCCGGUCGAUGGUGUUACUGUGCUCGCCAGUAUAUUUUUGGUUACUCUUAUGCAGAAUAUAUUGAUUGAGGCAAUUAGUAAAUUGGACCAUCGAGCAUUACUUCAGAUGCGUGCUUCUCUAUUGAUCGGCUAUAUAGACACAAUUUGGCAACAACGAAACAUUUACUACGCAAUUUCAACCGAAAAAUGGGAAAAUUUAACAAGAAAAGAAAAAAAUCUGGACGGAGAUGUUGAAACUAUCCAAAAACUUAUUAAAGCUCACAUAGCAAAAAAUAAUCAAGACCAAACUCGACUUAACAGAUUGGAAAAGAGUCUUGACAGAUUGGAAAAUAAGCUUGAUGAUUUUUUUAAAAGACUUGAUUCUAAGGCGGCCAGAAAGGAAUACGGUUGA